GUCAGCAGGCCUUAUCUAAACUCUAGUCCUUAUCUGUCAUGAUGAGCUUUGUUGCUGUAGGACACAGCCCUUUACCCCUCCCCUCCCCCCACUUCUUCAAAAGUUCAGUAAAGGACAAGGCUCUGCGCCUUCAUCCACACACCAAACAGUAGGCCCAACGGCUGUGCUGAGUGCUGUGAACACAAACACCGGACAAGAAGCCUGGCUUACUUCAAAGGAGCUUGGGUGUGCAAGAACCACCACCGGGCCAACAAUUACAAGGGAAGUGUUCUGGUGGAAGGCCCCUCUGGCAGAUGUGGAAUUUGGGCUGGAGGUGCUAAAGGAAGGCUUCCUACGGUAAUUACAGGAAAGGUAGGGAUUAGCCAGGCGGGCAGGAGGAGGGGCAGCCGAGCAGGGAAACAGGAUGUGAAAGCACAGCCUGAGCAAGGACAACAGAGCCUUCCAAGAGCUCCCUAAGAGCAUCCACUUUAAGAGUUUAUUUUCCUUAUCCGCUAAAGCUUUAUAACCUCGCCCAGCAGUGGGAGGUGUCAAUCAGCUAGUGCCUCCUAACAGCCCCGCUCAGAUCUAGGAGGGGCCCGCAGGUCUAGCCGCUUAGUGAGGGGUCACCGGUUCUGACGCUGGGUCCAGGGAGGGGCGGAGUCUGGUUUGCCCAUCUCCACUCAGUGAAGGCAAAGAUGCCCACACACACUCCGUCCCUUAUGUGGACUCCGUUUACCUUUGGUUGACUGCUUGGCUCUGAGGAGGUUCCAAGGAUUGCUCCAGUGGGAAAGACUGGGCAAUUCAGAUGAAGGACGGAGAGGGUUAGGAGAGGGUUCCUGCACACACUGGGCAGGCUCCUCCUGGGAAAAAUCCGUGGAGGCCUCACCCUUGAGCCCCACCCCCCAGCCCUCUGCCUGCGGCUCAGUGAUUUGGUCAACAACACUCUAAUCCUGACAAAAACAAGCAAGCGCUGAGGGGAGAGAUAGUAGAGUUUGAAAGCCAGAAAGAAGGGACGUGGAGGAGAGGACAGGCAGAAGGCAGACCACGGGAAAAACAGCAGGCAGAUGCCGCCGCCGCCGCCGCCGCUGCUGCUGCUGCUGCUCGGGACUGCCACGAGCAGGUGCCUCCACGAUGAGACCCAGACAUCUGUGAGCCUGCUCAGGCUCCCUUCCUCCCAGCCUUCUUCAAACUUCCGCCCUUCCUCCCUCUCUCUCCCUGGCUCCCGUGAUCCUCAACCUCUCCGAAUCCAAACCUACUAUUUAGGGGCUCCUACAUCAGAUGGAGCUUGGGAUCCUGAAGGGGAUGGGGCCAGGCGGAGACUGCGAGCCCUGGACGCAGUGCAAGAGGCCAGUCAACGCAUCCAGGGUGUGCUUGCAGUCGCUCCAGUGCAAGGACCUCUGCUUCUGAGUCGAAACCCAGAACAGUACUGCCUUGCUGUCUGGGGAGACCCAGGUACCCCAAACUACCACAGGUGCAGCCUCUUGAACCCAGGGUACAAAGGAGAGACUUGCCUGGGGGCAAAGAUUCCUGACGCUCACCUCCGUGGUUACGCCUUGUGGCCGGAGCAGGGUCCCCCACAUGUGGUGCAGCCAGAUGGGCCUGGGGUCCAAAACACUGAUUUUCUCUUGUAUGUGCGGGUUGCCCACACUUCCAAGUGCCACCAAGAGCCCUCUAUCAUAGCCUACGCUGCCUACUGCCAGCUGGACCCAGAAGACAGGCCCGUUGCUGGUACCAUUGUCUACUGUGCUCACCACCUCACCAGCCCAAGCCUCAGCCACAGUGACAUCGUCAUGGCUACACUACAUGAACUGCUCCACGCCUUGGGCUUCUCUGGAAAGCUCUUCAAGAAAUGGCGAGACUGUCCCUUGGGACUCAAUGUUACAGAGAACUGUUCCACAAGGCAACAAGUGACAAGGCGGGAUGAGUGGGGACAGUUGCUUCUCAUCACCCCAGCUGUGAGCCACAGUCUGGCCAAACACUUGGGAGUGCCAGGGAUUUCUCCAGGUGUUCCCUUGGAAGAAGAGGGCCCUUUGUCCUCACACUGGGAGGCCAGACUACUUCAGGGCUCUAUAAUGGCUGCCACCUUUGAUGGUGCCCAGCGCACUCGACUUGACCCCAUCACUCUCGCUGCCUUCAAAGACUCAGGCUGGUACCAGGUCAACCACAGUGCUGCAGAGGAGCUAUUGUGGGGCCGAGGAGCUGGCCUGGAAUUUGGCCUAGUGACCACCUGUGGGACUGGCUCCUCAGACUUCUUCUGCACUGGCAGUGGGCUGGGCUGCCACUACCUGCACCUGGACAAGGGACGUUGCUCCUCGGACCCCAUGCUGGAAGGCUGCCAGAUGUACAAGCCCUUAGCCAACGGCAGUGAAUGCUGGAAGGAGGAAAAUGGAUUCCCAACUGGGGUGGAGAAUCCCCAUGGGGAGAUCUACCAUUCUGAGAGCCGCUGCUUCCUUGCCAACCUCACUUCACAACUGCCCCCUGAGGGCAAGCGCAGGCAGCCCUCCCAGAUCUCCUACCCCAGGGAAGUGGCGCUUGCUGGCCGCUGCUACUUACAUCAGUGCACACAGAGGGGAGCGUACAAUGUGCAGGUUCAGGGAUCACCUUGGGUCCCCUGCCUUCCAGGAAAGGCUAUUCAGAUACCUGGGUACCAUGGUCUUCUCUUCUGUCCCCGGGGUCGGCUGUGUCGCACUAACAGAAGUACCAAUGCUGUUACUUCCCCACCUGUGAGACUUUCUACCCAAGACCUGCUAUUCCAACUGUCUUUUGGAUUAGCAGGGCCCCCAGGCCACUCCCUGGGGAAGGAAGAGCGAGAACAGCUGGCUGAGACAGUACUGCAGGCUCUGGUGAGCAGAGGUGGCACUGGCAGGUGCCAUUUCCACAGCCCAUCAAUUACCACCAGCCUGGUGUUCACAGUGCGCAUGUGGAAGCCCCCUGGCUGCCAAGGGCCUUCAGCUGAUGUGCUGCACAGAGACCUGACCCUGUCUCUCCAAAAGAAGCCUCUAGAAGUCUAUCAUGGAGGAACUAGCUUUACCACACAGUGCAGCAAGUUGCCGGUUACCUCAGAUCAUUACUUCUCCAUGACCCAUCUGUAUCUGUUCACGGGACUCUGCUCAACACUGCUAAUUCUAGGGGGGGUACUAGGAACUAUGGCCUACCAGAAACGAGCUUCUCUUCAGGUGGGACCAUCUACCCCUAGCCGCCCACAAGAGCUCUGCGGUACAAGGAGCCCAGCUGAAGAAAUAAGGGAAGUGGUUCCUGAAGCAUGACAAGGAAUAGUGUGGAGGGUUAUUU